CUCUGGACCGCGGAAAAGGAGGCCAUGAGGGUCAAGGAGAGCUGCUGUCACAAGAGCACGCACUGCUGCAAGGGGGCACCCCAGCCGGUCGCCUCAACUAAAAUCCGGCGCAUGAUGCUGAGCCGGCCCAGCUUGAGCGGCCUUCGCAGGGACGAUGACGUGUGCAAGAAAGAAGAAGAGGAAGAGGAGGACGGCGAGGAGCACAGCUCUGAGACCGCCGUGGCUGCGCCGGCAGCAUUAGUGACAGCCGCUCAAGCCGGCGCGGGAACGGUGGGCGCUCUGGCGGCCGGGCUCGGCAUCGCAGCGCUUGCGCAAAAGAACAAGACAACCAAGGGCGAGGUCCACGACUCCUCGGGCAAGAUGCUCAUCGAUCUGGUCAACAACGAAUUCAAGCCCUUUGUGACCGAUCCAAAGAAUCACAAUGCUGCCCUCAAUCUAGUCCUUGGAGCCGCCCAGAGCCCGGCUUACGACGCGCUUCCUGGUUCAGAUACCGAUGGCAACCCCUACGAGGCUAUUCUCGACACCGACGACUACUCCAUAUCGCCCGUGGAGAUUGAAACGAGCAAGACCGCAUGUGACUGGAUUCGCGAGACGCUGCAGGCCAUGCUCACGGCGGCCAACAUCAAACAGGACUUUCUACCCGCGUGUCCCAAGCCGUAG